CCCAAACAAUAACUUUUUGUUUCUUUUUCAUAUAAUUUAUCAUAAAACUAAAUAAAUCAAUAUAGAAACCAUUACUUAAAGUAUAAAAUCCAAUAAAUUCAUGUGAAAAUUGUGCAAUAAUUUAGUAGAUUUCUUAAAGAAAUUUGUAAGCUCGAAAAUUGAAAUAAAAUAAUUGUGUUUAUGAAAUAAUAUUAUAAAAUUCAUAAAAUUCUUACAAAAAUAUCGCUACACGAAGUAAAGAGUUUAAGGCUUAUACGAAAUAUCAAACAAAAACCCUCAAUGCACUGCAAUAUUAAAUGUCACGCAGUUUAAAUAUUUGAGCAAAUAGUUACAUUCACAAAAGAAAAUCAAAUAAAUUAAUGAAAAGCCCACCAGAGUCAGCAGCACAAGGGAACUGAAGCUGAAGCCCACCUAAAAAUCGUGAGCCCUCUACACCUGCCCAAAACCAUAACCUACGCAAGCGCCGUAAAACACCAGUAGCAGUAAAAAAAAAAAACAAAAAAAAAACAGUGUCUUGCAUGUCUAUUGCAAGACCUGGGGACAUUUACUUUGAUUUCAUUUAAUUUUUAAUUUUAUUUUUUUGCGCGCAAAUAAAAAUGUGGAAAAAAGAGCCGCCAAUAAGGAUAAAAACGCGUCGUCAGGGACAAACUGCAGCAGCACCAACAACAACAAUGACAAGAAGUACAAGAACGCAAGGAUUAAUCAUCACAUGGACGCAGUUCGUUGUUGUUGCUGCUGUUGCAAUGCUGCUUAAUUGCCUCGUGUGUCAAGCCGCAGGGCGUGCCCCGCCGGAGCCCUACUACGGUCGCUACAUCGGACAGUUCUCAAAUUUCGCGCACGGCAUCAAGGGUUCCAUCUAUGCCGUGGACGAGUCAACGCUGUUCGUGAAGUCAUUCGCCUAUGAUGGGACCGGACCGGAUGCCUUCUUUUGGGUGGGCAAGACGGCACGACCCAGCCCGGAUGGCUACAUCAUACCCUAUCCGGAGGAGUACAUGGGCAUCGAUCCACCCAUUCUGCAGGCGCACAACAAUACGGACAUCAUACUGCGUUUACCCAUGGGCAAAAGGAUUAAGGACAUUCGAUGGCUGUCAGUGUGGUGCAGACGUUUUACGGUCGAUUUUGGGGAAGUGUUCAUACCUGCGGGCCUAGAUGUGCCGAAGCCACGAGUACUGCCCGAAUUUAAACGUCUGGCUCAUGGUCUGCGCUCCAGCAACAUCAGUGUCUUGGAUGCCAAAACAUUUUACAUCCCCAAUUUGCACUACGAUGGCGCUGGACCGGAUGCAUACUUCUGGGUUGGCAACGGCAGUGAACCCAACAUUAUGGGUAUUAAGGUCCCUAAUGAAAUCGGCUCGCUGGAACCAUUACGCGGCUAUCAGGGUGAAGAUAUCGAGAUACAACUACCCGGUACCUUGACCGUCUACAACAUUGAUUGGCUGUCCGUCUGGUGUGUUGAGUACAGACAUAAUUUUGGGCACGUCUUCAUACCCAAGGACUUGGAUGUGCCCCCGGCGUUGGGUCAAACGAAAAUAACGCCUUCAUGGUGGUAUACACCCACCACGACGACGCCACGGCCAGUCUACAGCAACUGCCGCGAAGUCCUGCCGAACAAGCUUCAGGUGAAGUGGGAGCUCCAGGGCGAGUAUUUGCAGAUCGAGCUCUUCGGCCGCAUCAGCGAGGAUCAGUACAUGGCCUUUGGUCUGUCGGGCGCCAAUGGACGCGCUCAAAUGGCUCAAUCCGAUGUGGUGGUGGCCUUCUACGACACGACUGCGCGCGUCUUCCGUGCCGAGGAUUACUUCAUCUCGGAUCUGUCGCAGUGUGAUGGACAACGUGGCGUGUGUCCUGACGAACGCAUUGGCGGACGCAAUGAUGUGGUAGUGGUGAGCGGCGAUCGUAAAAAUGGAGUUACCAGUAUACGCUACAAGCGACUUCUCCAAACCAAUGAGCCCAUUUACGAUGCAGCCAUACCGACCGAUCGAGAGGUCUCGAUUAUAGCAGCCAUUGGACCGCUGAAUAGUCGCAAAGAGGCCAACGCCCAUUCCCAUACCUCCAGCGAUCACAAUCCGGAUGACAUACGCAUCAAUUUUUCGACACGCAACGAUCACGCCUGCAAGAGCUCCUUGUACGACGUGAAGGACGAGAGCGGUCCCAAGCCCUGGCCAACGCGCAAAAUCGAGGGAGUGACCAAAUUCCGCGCUGUUAUUGGACCCACUGGUGGCAAGCGGGGCUAUACGCCCAUUACAGGCGUUCCCUCCUGGGGUAUUGCCUGGUAUCUGAACGAUUUGCUAAUACCCGAGAUAACGGUGGAGCGUGGCAAGACAUAUGAGUUCACUAUCGAGGGUGGCAGCGAUCCAGCGCAGCCAGCAAGAUUCCACCCGUUCUAUAUAACCGAUUCGCCGGAAGGCGGCUUGGGCCAAAAAAUGGGCCUGGAUGCGCGCAAACAGAAAGCAUAUGCAGGUGUGGAAUUCGAUGAUGAUGGCGAUUCUAUACCGACAGCAGCUGGUCGAUACUGCGAAUGGCAACAUCGCGGCAUUGAUCGUUCGGCGGAGAGCGAAACCUUUGAGGAUUACAAGCUGACGCUGGAACUGCACUGCGAGGAGGGAGAGCCGGGCUAUCUGAAUUGGACAGUACCCAUGGAUGCCCCCGAUUUGUUGUACUAUCAGUGCUUCACACACAACAAUCUGGGCUGGAAGAUAAAUGUUGUUAACUCGGGUGCCUCCGCCACUGGGGGCCAACACUGGAGCAGCAGACACUUGGUGGUCUACGCGAUUUCAACAGUUCUUAGCCUGGUUGCGACACGUCGGGGUCUUGCAAGCCGCUUGCUUGCCUGAUAGUGUCCAGAGUGUUGAGGACGCGCUCAGAUAAAUGCCUGAAGUUUGCAACAGGAACUAGCAAGGGACUCAAAUCAUAUCCUAUAACACAUUCUGCAUAUCCUACACGCCAAAUAUACAGACACACUCCCUUCACAAACAUACAUACAGAACGUAUUUCGAGAUUUUUUCGGAGCGAAUGUAUAAUCUCAUAUCAAACGAAUCGCAUAUCCCCGCUGCUGGGCCUGUUGCAAAUUCCGGGCUAGCGAACAGAACAUUCACAACCAGGCUAAUAUCAUCUGAAAGACAUAUCUUGAUAGUUAUUUUUAAGGUGUACAACAACAAACAGUUGACAUUGUGUGUGCGUGUGUGAGAGUUGGCGGCUCGCCGGGGCCAGCCAGUUGAGAGUUGCUUGCGUGGUUCAGAUUUUUGGUGGCGUCGAAACCUUUUUGUAUAUUUACCUGUACGCGUAUGGAAUUCUACUUUUUUACUUGUAUACUUGCAUUAAACUUACAUAUACAUAUACUACAUACAUACAAUGUACAUCUACGACUUCGGUAACGGUAAAAAAUUGUAGAUUUUCUAGCAAUUACAUACUACCACUACUUACAAUUCAUCUGAAUACAGACAAUAAAUUAUAGUGUAGCUGUAAAGCGGUUCUAUGUAAAAUGUACGCCGACAAUAAUAAUGCGACACGAUGACAAUAAUGAUCGAAAGAUGAAGAAGUGCGCAAAAUAGUUUGCUGAGCCCAAUACUGACGCUCGAAAAUAUUGUACGAUAAGCCUAGUGUUAAGGACAAUACAAUUUAUGACAAUAACAGACAUAAAUGUACGAGGGAAGUACGGUGAUUUCACAGAACCCGACAGAAACUGUGGAGAGAGGCGAAACUUUUAAGCGUUUGUUGUUCCCUCGAAUUCGGGUAUAAAAGUAUUAUCGGUACAAUACUCUCAAAAGCAAAAGUAUUGUAGUUUCUUAGCAUCAGAAGUCUUUGGUCAAGAGUUCUAAAUCAGGUUCAUUUCGUUUUCUUUUAGGGAAAUCAGUAUUCCACUAUAUCUCUGAGUGUUAUCGGUAGAAUAUGAAGUAAUGAAGCUACUUAGCAUCAGAAAAUUAUUUAUCCGCAGCUUCAAUAAAAUGUUUAGCAGUUUUUGAAACCAAUACAAACAUAGCAUAUUAUCGACCUUUUCUUUUUUAAUUUCAAUUAAUGCUUUAUUGUUCUCGAAGCUUUUAUUUAUCAAUAUACAUAAGGAUUCAUUUCCCACCACUAUAUUUAUGAGUGU